AACCACGCACAUGAAAUGAUAGAGUCAGUUCACCACCACUUUGCAAGUUAAAACUCCAGAACAGGCCGUACAAAGUAAAAGUAAUGAAGCGAAACGAGCUGGUAAUCGUUCCGUCGCCGGGAAAGAGCCACCUGGCGCCCUCGGUCGAGUUUGCAUAUGCGUUACUAAGAAGAGAUGAUCGAUUCUCCGUAACUUUUCUUGUCAUAAACUCUCCGUUCGAUCCGAGCCCUCUGUCACUGCCCCCGACUUCUCAUCCCCACAUGCAGUUCCUACUAGUUCCCAAACCCUUGCAACUUCCCUCGCUAGAGCUAAUGAAAGAGUCCUUUCCAAACUACAUGACCCUCUACAUCAAGAGCCACCUUCCCCAAAUCAAGGACAUUAUAGCCAACCGCUUCUCCACCGCGUCCUCGCAUCGGCUUUCCGGCUUGGUCGUCGACAUGUUCUGCACCUCCAUCGUCGACCUUGCCAUAGACCUAGGGGUUCCCUCGUACUUGUUCUUCACCUCCGGCGCCGCCGCCCUGGGCAUGCUGAUCUACCUUUACAGCCGCAGCAAACUGGAUGGCGCCGUCGCCGGCGCCGACUCAGAUCCCGAGAUCCACCACAUGCCGAGUUAUGUCAACCCAGUUCCUACGAAUGUUUUACCUGAUUUUGCCCUUAACAACAAGCAACGUAAGCUUGGGAGUCAAGAUGAAUACAUAAAGAAGACCAAGGGUAUAAUCAUCAAUUCAAUACUCGAGUUGGAAACCCAUGCGGUUAGCUCACUCUCCGACGGUACAAUUCCGUUUCCGCCCGUUUACACCAUCGGACCUCUUCUGGACUUUAAAGGUAACACGAAUGAUAAAGGGUCAGAUCAUGAGCAGAUCAUGAAGUGGCUCGACGAUCAGCCGCCGAAGUCCGUGGUGUUCCUCUGUUUCGGUAACUACGGGGCCUUCAGUACAGCCCAGCUGAAAGAGAUCGCCACUGGGCUCGAGCGCAGUGGUCAAAGAUUCUUGUGGUCCGUACGGAAAGCCCAGCCAGGUAAAGUUUCACCGGUUGAUUACGAAAAUGUCGAUGAAGUUCUGCCCCAAGGAUUCUCAGAGAGGACCAAGGAGAUGGGAAGGGUGUGCGGUUGGGCCCCACAAGUGGAGGUCCUAGCACACCCGGCCACCGGAGGGUUCGUGUCUCACUGCGGUUGGAACUCCGUACUGGAGAGCUUGUGGUUCGGAGUGCCGAUUGGGACGUGGCCAAUGUACGCGGAGCAGCAGAUGAAUGCGUUUCAGUUGGUGAGGGACUUGGGGUUAGCUGUAGAGCUGAGAUUGGACUUUAGAAAGGACGGCGGUGACGUUGUGUUAAGUGGGGAGAUAGAGAGAGCUGUUAGAUGCUUGAUGGACGGUGGUGAAGAUGGUGAAGGUGGCUCGGUGAGGAAGAGAGUGAGGGAAAUGAGUGAGAAGUGCAGGAGGGCUGUUUCGGAAGGUGGGUCUUCCUACCACUCAUUCGGAUGCUUCAUUGAGGCUGUUUUGGCCAAUGUGGAAACUUGACACUAAUGUCCACAUUAAUGGCAUAAUUAAUUGUGGUGAAUGAUUUAUCUUUCAAUUUAAUGGCAUAAUUAAUAGAAUUACAUAAGCCAUGAUGUGGUGGGAAGAUGACUAUUCACUCCCAUUUUGUCUUUUUCA